AUGAAUGUUUCAAAGUAUCCUAUUGGAAUUGAAUCUCGUGUCAGAGAUAUACUUCAUUUAUUGCAAGCUCAAAGACAUGAUGAUAUCAAGAUGCUUGGAAUCUUUGGCAUGGGUGGUGUGGGAAAAACAACCCUUGCUAAAGCCAUUUAUAACUUGAGUUUUCAAAAGUUUGAAGGUUGCUGCUUUAUUGCAAACAUUAGAUCACAAGUUUCUAAAGGGUACAAUGGUUUAGUUCGUUUACAAGAGACACUUCUUUGCAAAACACUUAACCGAAAGAAACUUGAAAUAAAAAAUGUUGAUGAAGGAAUAAGUUUGAUAAAACAAAGACUGCGAUCAAAAAGUGUUCUUAUUGUUCUUGAUGACAUAGACAAUACUAGUCAACUUGAAUCAUUAGCAGGACAACGGGAUUGGUUUGGUUCAGGGAGCACAAUUAUAAUAACAACUAGAGAUGUUCAGUUGUUGAGUGACCUGGAAGCACACGAGAAGUACAUGGUAGAAACGUUAAGCCCUUGUGAAUCCUUGCAACUCUUGAGUUUGCAUGCUUUUGGUGUUCCUAUACCAUUAGAGGAGUAUAUUGACCUAUCCGAAAGGAUAGCAAGUUAUACUGGUGGACUUCCACUAGCACUUACAAUUAUAGGUUCUCAUUUGCGUGGAAAAUCAGUGCAAGAAUGGAGUGAUGAUGCUAAGAAAUUAAGAGGGAUACCUCAUGAUGAUGUUCAAAAAAUUCUUAAAAUAAGUUAUGAUUCACUUGAUGAUGAUACUCGAAAUAUCUUUCUUGAUAUUGCUUGUUUUUUAUUGGGCAUGACAAAAAUGACACUUCUAUGAUAUUGGAAGCUUGUGGUUUUUAUGCUAAAAGUGGAAUAAGAAUUUUGAUUGAAAGAUGCUUGUUGACAACAAAUGGGGAUGGAAAGUUUGAAAGUCUUGAGAUGCAUGAUU